AUGCUCCGCUUUCCCGAGUCCAUCAGGGCCCAAGAUAAUCCCGCUAUCGACUGGUGGGCUAUGGGAGUCAUCCUCUUCGAAAUGCUCACCGGCGUGACUCCGUUCGCUGAUGAAACUCCGGAGGCUAUUUUCAACAACAUUCUCACUGCAGGUAGCGUCUUCUAUGCCAUUGGCAGAAUCUUCAUUUUCAGCAUCCGCCCUUGCCUGCCUUUCAUUCCUCCUAAAUUUUUGAUUAUAUUUGUUUCUUCACCUUCGGGUCUGAACUUAUAGUUCUUACCGUGGGCAAAGGGUGCAGCUACUUCCAUUCAUGGUAAAGUUGACAAAGUAAAAAUCCAAGAACGAUUUCAAACCACCCUUUACUCCCCUCCGCAGAUAUUCCUUGGCCAGAGGCUGAUACGGAGGAUUGCCUCUCCGAACCAUCCCGCCAACUUAUAACCGGGUUGCUAUCACGAUCGCCAGAAGAACGAAUGCGAUUGGUCGCUGGCAUAAGAAAACACGAGUUCUUCGCGCAUAUCGGUUCCUGGGAGCAGCUCAGCCAAGUGGAGAUGCCCUUUGUGCCAUGUCCGGACGACGACAGCGACACGGGAUACUUCGAGGUGAGCUGACUGCUCUACCAGGCAGUUUGCCGUCUAUCGGUGCGUGGCACAGCUCCCCUCCCCCAAGCGGCGUUGGACCAAAUGAGGACCACACAGGCCUAUGACGCAUGUCGGGUGAACAGGCCUACUGCGUUACUCCUAGCCGGGGGGAGGGGGGGCACAGGUGCGUGUGGCAAGCUCUAGGAGGCGGCCUUCGACCGCGCCAGUUGCUAUGUCAAAUCCUGUCUCCAGACGGCCUUGUUGGAAUCUAUCACCUUUAUGUGAUGGGAGGGCAAAAAGGCUGAGGUCGGUCCGGCUCGGAUCCAACACUCACGGCGUCCCCAACAAUUGUAGAUUGAUAGGCACUCAACUGAUGGGGGUAAUUCGGUUGUCUAUCGGACUAAGGGCCAGGCUGCAAUGGCUGCCUUACUGUCGGUCGCCCUUAUGUUAGCCCCUUUCGAUAAAAGACCCGAAGCCCUUUUUUGUAAGAUUAGCAUGUACGUGUAGGCAUGACACGCCACAUGUGGAUUCAGCCAUCUUCAGUCGUCAUGACUCCGCUGCCAUUAGAACAUGCUGGGUGUGGGGAGGUAGUGGUUUGUACGCUGCGCUUGUCUCCCAAUAUAAACCCCUAUGCCUUUUAGAAACGGCAAUGCGUGAUAACGGCAUGUUUAUAUUUUGGAACCAUCUUUGCAUUGCAUUAAAAGCGGGCACUCGCCGUUUUGAUUCCAUAAUGUAAACGCCUUGACGUAGUAUGCUUUUCUGAUUCCGCUGUGGAAAUGUUAGACCAGUGCUUAUUUGAUAUUUUUCAUUAAGGGAGCAAGUCCAGUGUUACUAUAAUGGUCAGCGUUACCAGUUGAAACUAGUCACGAAUUUAUGCGACAUAAUUUGCGUUUUCUUUGCCGUCUAUCACUGUACACUCACCAGUUUUUUGCUAUCACCUCGCAACCUUUCAGCUUCGGAACAAUGCCAAAAACUACGAAGUCAGCUACAGCGGCUGUGAUCUACAAAAUGCCACACCAAAAACAACUAAGUGA